CUGGUGCACUGUCCAACCUGAUAAAACCCCCAAAGUUCUAGGUGCAGUACACACUGCACAUCUUCAACGACCAUGGACAACAAGCAAACAGUCUUUCUUUCCAAAGAGAAAGAAGUAUACAGGAUUCCUGCUCUGUUCUUUGACAGAGACAGAAGCACCUUUAUGGCCUUUGCAGAGCAGAGGACGACUACAAAAGAUACCAGUACCAAAGUGUUGGUUAUGAAAACAGGAACACUGAAGACGGAGGGAAGAUCCAGUGGGAGGACAAUUGAGUGGUCUGAACUCAGACUGGUGAAGGAGGCACAUCUUGAUGGAUAUCGUCCUAUGAACCCCUGCCCGGUGUAUGAGAAAAACAGCCAAACACUUUUUCUGUUUUUCAUCUGUGUUAAGGGCACUGUCUCCGAGUGCUGGCAGAGAUUCUGGGGCUGCAACAAGGCCCGUCUCUGCUAUAUUACAACUAAAGAUGCUGGCCUAAGCUGGAGUGCGGUGACUGAUUUGACAUAUCUGCCUGAUAUCAAGGACUGGGCCACAUUUGCUGUAGGACCAGGCCAUGGUGUUCAAACUGAGAGUGAUAUAUUGAUUGUCCCGCUUUAUGCUUAUGCUCCUUGCAAUCCAUUCUAUUGCUCUACUCCAUAUGCACUUUAUCUGUACAGUGACGAUAAGGGCAAUACUUGGAGAUUUGGCAGCAAGCUGCAAACAAAAUCAGUUGAAUGUGAAAUGGCAGAGGUUUCUGAUGACACUGGCCUCAGGUCUAUCUACUGCAAUGCCCGUAAUGAGGGAGGCUAUCGAGUGGAAGCUCGUGAUGACAAUAAGGGAGCUGGUUUCAUUACACUCUCAUCUUCUGAAAAGCUGGUGGAAACAGGUGGAGGCUGUCAGGGAAGCGUGGUGUCCUUUCCAGCUCAAAGUGAAGGUGCACAGGCAGGUGGUGAUUCAAGGCAGAACCCAAACAAGUGGCUGCUCUUCACCCACCCAACUGAUAGGUCCGAAAGAAUUAAUUUAGGAGUCUAUCUGAAUAAAACGCCAAGAGACCCAAAUGCAUGGAGCAAACCCUGGAUCAUCAACCCAGGACUCAGUGGUUACUCAGACCUGGCUUACAUUGAUGAUGGCUGGUUUGCAUGUCUAAUGGAGUGUGGGGAUGAGAAAGAAUUUGAGCAGAUAGCUUGUGUAGUUUUUAACUACAAGCAAGUCAAGCACAGCAAUGGAGAGUAAAGAACAAUCUCUACUUGUAUCUGAUGUGAAGCCGUCAGUCUCUGUCCACUUUAAAACAGAGCGACAAACACACCUGACUUUAAGAUGCUGACUUAGAUUAUAAAACUAAAUGUAUGUAAAUGUGUGAAAUUAUGCUGAUGCUAAUGCAGCGUGGGGAAAACAGUGAAACAGAUCAGAUAGCAUUUAAGGUUUUUAGCUGUAGUUAAGUCAAGCAGGACAUUUGGAAAGUAAAAAUCUAUUGUUUUAAAUGGCACCUUGGGCAAAUAACAUUUUGUUUACCUUAUAUAGUUUUCACUGAAACCUUUUGUGUUCUACAUACUAUUACACUCUAUCUACAAUUGAUGAAUAUGUUAAAAGUGUAUAUUUACCUCGACCAUGGAUAAAUAUCUUAGAUUUUUGUUUGUUGUCAGUUGUAACAGCCAUGUUAAUUAUGCAUGACAUUGUACUAGCAUUUUAUAUGAGGUGUAAUUCAAGUGAUAUGUUUAUGUUUUUAUUAUUAUUUUUAUUAAAUGUAAAGCAGAAUACAAGAUUUUUGACAAAUAAAUGGACAUUUUCAAUCACAGACCCAGAUUCUUUUUUAAUCUGAAGGUGAAAGGGUUUAUGGGAUUCCUUCAAAAGUAAAACUAUUCAAAGCAGAGGAAGACUUUUUGUAUCCCUCAUAUGGCACUAUUCACCUGAAACUACAAGAGCUCAAAAACACACCUAAGUUUAAUAUGCUGACUUUGAUAGUAAAACCAACUUUGAAAAUAUUUUUAAUAAUAUUUUGACAUUCUGGUGCAUAAUUCAGUAGAUGCCAAUAUUUAUGUUAUAUGCUAUUGUGUUGUUACCUGUUGUGUGUUUUUGUUGUCUUCUCUUGUACAUUGUGUUUCAUAUUAUAUUACUAUU